AUGACGCUCGUAGACGAUACUCAACAACUGGCAUUUUAUUUUGGUAUUUGUCUCUUCAUCGCAUGUUUCAUUGGAAAUGGUAUCAAUAUUCUCGUCUUUUCCAAAGUUCGCACUUAUCGAACAAAUCCUUGCACCUUCUAUUUUCUCAUGGGUUCAAUUGACAACAUGCUCUACGUCUUACUCAAUCUUACCAUUCGUAUCUUAAGUGACACUUAUAAAAUUGAUAUAUAUGCAGCGUCUGAUGUGUGGUGUAAAAUACGACAGUUUUUUCUCUUUGUUCCUGCUCUUAUCUCUGUGACUUUCUCGUGUUUAGCCAUCAUUGAUCAGUUUCUAAUCACAUCAAGAAAUGUCCAACUUCGAAACUGUAGUCAAAUCAAAUGGGCCCACCGGAUCUCACUCUUCGUGGUCAUCUUCUGGUGUCUCUAUGGUGUUCAUGUUUUCUUUGUGUAUCGCAUCUUAUCUACAACAAGAACCUGUGGAAGUGAUAACCCUAUCCUGGCUAUUUAUUCGCCCAUAUACUUAAUCGGUAUCAUUUGUGGAUUGCCAGUUGGUAUCAUGACUUUGUUUGGUUUUUUGACCUAUCGGAACAUUCGUCAAACAUUACGUCCUGCUGAGUUACAAUACGAUCGUCAGUUGAUUAGAAUGACUUUCAUUCAUGUGGUGCUUGUUGUCGUUAGCUUGCUACCAUAUGGUGUCAAUAGAGCAUACACUUUAAUCACAAGUGGCAUAGUUAAAGACUCGGAUCGUCAGUCGAAGGAAUAUUUUGUCACUACAAUUGUUACUUUGGGAACAUAUCUGUACUAUGUAGGAAGUUGUUAUACAUUCUUGGUGACAUCGAAUCGAUUUCGUGAACGAGUGAAAGAUGAAAUAUUUUGCUGCCACCGACCGAAUGCAAUAGCACCCACGUAA